AGCCGCAGCGAGACGCUGCUGUUUGCAGUCCAGCUGCCGGGCAUAGUGCAGCUCCCCUGCUGUGUUUCAGCGUCACCGUCCCCGGGGAAGAGGAGCUCCGUUUCCCAGCUGCCUGUGGUGGAAAUGGCGGGUGUUUCAGAGGACAGUGUGCUGGAGGGUGAGCUCACCUGCUCUGUGUGCCUGGAGGUGUUCCAGGACCCCCACCUGCUGGCCUGUGGCCACAGCUUCUGCCUGCGCUGUCUGAAGGGGGUGAGGAAGAAGGCCCAGGGUGGCAGCUUCAGGUGCCCCGAGUGCCGGGAGACCCACAGAUGCAGCGGAAGCUUCCAGAAGAACUACAAACUGGCCAACAUCGCCGAGGACUACCGGCGGAGGGGCUGCCCCCCCCAGGAGCCCCCUCCCCCGGUGCUGUGCGACUACUGCUCCCUGGGCGAGCAGGCGGCCGCGGCGAAGACCUGCCUGAAGUGUGAGGUGUCCAUGUGUGCGGAGCACGUCAAGCCCCACCUGGAGCUCCCCGCCUUCAGGGAGCACCCCCUCACAGAGCCGCUGGGGGACGUGAAGGAGAGGAAGUGUCCCGAGCAUGACGAGGCGUUCCGCUACUACUGCGCGGACGACAGUGUGUGCGUGUGCACCGCCUGCACCAUCGAGGGCCGCCACGCCGGGCACACCAUCAAGACCCUGAAGAACGCCAUGAAGGACCUGAAGCAGGACGCACUCCAGCCGCAGCUGCAGAGAGCUGUCCGCAAACUUGCGCAGACGGAGAAGGAGCUGCAGAAGCACAGCAAGCAUGAGGGAGCUGCCCAGCGGUUUGUGGAGGAGGCGGAGCGGCAGGUGUGUGCUGCGGGGGAGCAGCUGCAGGUGCAGCUGGACGGGUUUCUCUCUGCGCUGCGGGAGUGUGUGCGCGCUCACAGCGGGACGGGGCCCGAGCUGCAGGAGAACCUCAGCAGGAUCAGCCAGGACCGAGAGCGUCUGCAGGAGGUCCACAGCGGCAUCGAGGCGCUGCUGCAGGAGAACGACCCCUUCCGCUUCGUCCAGGAGUACCGCACAGCUGCUAAAAGGUUCAGCAGCAGUCUGAAGAUGCGCCUCUGUGUUCCUGAUUGGCCGAAUGUGGAGAGGGAGGAGCUGAGAGAGAGCAUGGAGGCCAGGCUGGAGGAGUUUGAGAACGAGCUGAGACUGAAGGCCGAUGACAUCAUCAGCUCUGUGUGUGCUGAAAAUGAUGAAGAAGAGGAAGAUGAGGAAGAUGAAGAUUUUGAGGAGGAUAGUGAAGCCAGUGAUGAUGAUGAGGAUGAAGAGGAUGAUGAGGAUUAUGGUGAUGAUUAUGAUGACAAUGAGGAUGAAGAGGAAGAGACAACGAUGAAAAUCCAGACGCCCCUGAGGAGAGCGGGGCUGGCCCACAGCCAAUCAUUUCAGACGCUGCUGUGUUUGCAGAUGCUGCUGGUAUGA